AUGGAGAACGCUGGGAUGGCGGAGAACAGCCACGGCAAGAGAGUGCGGGACGGAUCCGAGGAGUCGCCGACGGGGAAGAAGCUCCGGCAGGCGGACCUCGAGUUCCUUGAGAUCCUCGAGGAUAUGGAGGCGGUCGAUCGGAGCGCCUCCACCCCUGCCGACAGCGACCUGGCCGACGUCAUGAGGAGCUUCGAGGAGGAGAUCGCCGCAUCGUCUCCGUCCGUAUGUGAGCCGCAGCAGCAGCCUGCGGUAGAAUCGGCAUCUUCUGCAUCUACUCCUGAAAGGGAGGACUCCCGGCAUUCCGACCUAGGAUACCUCCUGGAGGCCUCCGACGACGAGCUGGGCCUCCCACCGGCCGGACCGUCUCUAUCGGACGACGGAGACAGCGCCGAGGAAGAUCCUAGGGAGGACGCUAACCAGGAGAGCGCGGCGCCGGGGCAGAUCUGGGGGUUCACCGACGAGAUCCCAAACUCUUACGACGCAUUGGACCUCGAAGCAUUCGAGAAUAGCUUCUGGCCUGCAGGGGCCAACGAGGUGGUGGUCUUCGACGGAGGACUGUUCGAUUACCCCGAUGUGGGAUCCUUCAUGCCGUCCGACCUCUCGGAGUUUUCUUGGCAGCCUGGGACUACGCCGGCCGUCUAA